UCGAAAUUCACAGGCUAGGCUAGGGUUUGCUCCCCAUCGAAUCCGAAGCUCGCCGCAGACGCCGGGAUGCAGAGGUACGGGCUGCAGCUCCGCAAGAAGCCGGCGGCGUCCUCGUCGUCGCGACCGCCCCCGCCGGCGCGCCCCCUGGCGGCAUUCGCCGACGACGGCGACGACGACGUCGAGGCCGACAUCCUCCGGCAGUCAUCCAAGAAGCGCGCCCUCCAGAAGGUGGAGGAGCUGCAGAAGAAGGCGAUCGAGGAGGAUCCCUCGGUGUUUUCCUACGAUGAGGUGUACGAUGAUAUGAAGGAGAAGGCCGCUCGCCCCAAGAUGCAGGCCAAGGUCGUUCGCCAGUCAAAGUACAUUGAAGCACUCAAGGAGAAAGCAGAACAACGUAAACGAGAACAGGACAUAGUGUAUGAGAGGAAGCUCCAGAAAGAGAGGAGCAAGGAAGACCACCUGUUCAGUGACAAAGACAAAUUUGUAACAUCUGCGUAUAGGAAGAAACUUGAGGAGGAGAAAAAAUGGCAGGAGGAAGAAAGACGGCGGCAGCUUCAAGAAGAAAGGGAUGAUGUUACUAAAAAGAAAGACCUGAGUGACUUUUACUUUGGACUUGCUAAGAAUGUUGCUUUCGGUGCAAGUUCGCAUGAUGGCUCAAAGCCUGCUGAACCUGAAAAGUUGGACACUAAAGCAGAUGAUAUUCAAGCUAGCAAGUCUGAUGCCGAAGGAUCUGCCCGUUCUCCUAAGCGCAGGAGGGAAUCCAGUGAAGGAUCAGAGAAAGCACACGAAAGUAAAAGUGCGGAAGAACCUGCAACAACUGGACCGAAGGAUUCAACAGCUGCUCGAUCUACUGAGAAAGACGCCGAUGUAUCAGCGGCUGCUUCACAAGCUUCGCAGAAUACUCAGCCGGCACCAAUCACAGAUGAGCACUACAAGAGGAGUAGCGAUGCACUUGCUGCUGCCAGAGAACGAGCCCUGGCUCGUAAGAGAGCCAAGGAGCAGCAAAUAUGAACAUUUUCAGUUGGCGAUGCAUGUAUUUCUCGCCAAAAAGAG